GCGCCUGCCGGAGUCACCGCGUCGCCUUCAGUUGUCUGCCUGCCGCUCCGCGAGCUGUCGAGGACCUCGGCAGCGUCUGCAGGGAGACCGUGCCGCGCCUAACAGAGUCCUGCAGGUCAUGUCCUCGCCGGGCUUCGACAUCCGGACUCUGACGGAGAGGGACGGCCCGCAGCUGGUGUCCUUCCUGAGGCGCUUCUUCCUGAGGGACGAGCCGCUCAACGCCGCGGUGGGCAUCAUGGCCGACGGGCAGGACUCCUCUCCAGAGCAGGAGGGCUUCUGUCUGGAGGCGCUGCCCGAAGGACUGUCGCUGCAGGCAGUGGACACGGAGAGCGGGAAUUUGUUGGGAGUCAGCCUCAGUCGUCUGCACCAGCCGGGGCUCGAAGCAGAGGCCGUGAAGAGCGCCGAAGCGUGUCCGGACCCUACUUUCCGCAAGAUUCUCAGGCUCAUCGCGUUUGUCGACCUCCAGGUCUCGGAGAAGCUGCGCAGUCUGUUCCCCGAGGCGGACUUACGGCAGGUUGAGGUCCAGGUCGUAUCUGUGGAUACAGCGACCAGGGGCCGAGGAGUCGCCAAGGCUCUCAUAGACCACACGAGGAAGCUGGCCAAGGACAGAGGAAUCCCGCUGGUGCGGAUCGACUGCUCCAGCGUGUUCUCCGCCAGGGCGGCGGAGAGGCUGGGCUUCCAGAAGGUUUUCUCCCUCAAGUACGACUCUUACAGACCGGACGGGGAGGUCGUCUUCACACCGUCUGAACAAGCUGGGGACGAGUACUGCACAUACAUCCAGAGAGUCAUCUGACCCGGUUCUGUACGGUGCAAACAGUGGCAGAAAUCUAUGAGAAACUGACGAACUGCAAACUGACCCAGAGACGUGCUGUCACGUUAUUUAUAGUACCUGAAAAAUACGUAGUGAAAGGGACAUCCUCUUGUUGCUGACAAUGUGUGGUUUAAAUUUUUACCAUGCUGUAACAUGUGUUGCCCUACGUUCGCUGAUUCUCUGU